GCCGCGAUGCCGGGCCCGCGGGCGCUGCUCUGCCUCCUCGCCCUGGGGCUGCUCGGCUCGGCCGGGCCCGGGGGCGCCGCGCCGCCGCUCUGCGCUGCGCCCUGCAGCUGCGACGGAGACCGUCGGGUGGACUGCUCCGGCAAGGGGCUGACGGCCGUGCCCGAGGGGCUCAGCGCCUUCACGCAAGCGCUGGAUAUCAGUAUGAAUAAUAUUACUCAGUUACCAGAAGAUGCAUUUAAGAACUUUCCCUUCCUAGAGGAGCUACAAUUGGCUGGCAAUGACCUUUCUUUUAUCCACCCCAAAGCCUUGUCUGGGUUGAAAGAACUCAAAGUCCUAACACUCCAGAAUAAUCAGCUGAAAACUGUACCCAGUGAAGCCAUUCAUGGGCUGAGUGCUUUGCAGUCUUUGCGCUUAGAUGCCAACCACAUCACCUCAGUGCCUGAGGAUAGUUUUGAAGGGCUUGUGCAGUUACGGCAUCUUUGGCUGGACGACAACAGCCUGACUGAGGUGCCGGUGCAUCCCCUCAGCAACCUGCCCACACUGCAGGCACUGACCCUGGCUCUCAACAACAUCUCCAGCAUCCCUGACUUUGCGUUCACCAAUCUUUCGAGCCUGGUGGUUCUGCAUCUUCACAACAACAAAAUUAAAAGCCUGAGUCAGCACUGUUUUGAUGGACUAGAUAACCUGGAGACCUUGGAUUUGAAUUAUAAUAACUUGGAGGAAUUUCCUGAUGCUAUUAAAGCCCUUCCUAGCCUGAAAGAAUUGGGAUUUCAUAGUAAUUCCAUUUCUGUUAUCCCUGAUGGAGCAUUUAGUGGUAAUCCACUCUUAAGAACUAUACAUUUGUAUGAUAACCCUCUAUCUUUUGUGGGGAACUCGGCAUUUCACAACCUCUCUGAUCUUCUUUCCUUAGUUAUUCGCGGUGCAAGCAUGGUCCAAUGGUUCCCCAAUCUGACUGGAACUGUCCAUCUGGAGAGCCUGACCUUGACAGGUACAAAGAUAAGCAGCAUACCUGAUAACUUAUGUCAAAACCAAAAGAUGCUUAGGACUUUGGAUUUGUCUUAUAACAAUUUAAGAGAUCUCCCAAGUUUUAAUGGUUGUCAUGCUCUAGAAGAAAUUUCAUUGCAACGUAAUCAAAUCUACCAAAUAAAGGAAAAUACUUUUCAAGGCCUUGUAUCUCUGCGGAUUCUAGAUCUGAGUAGAAACCUGAUCCGUGACAUUCACAGUGGAGCUUUUGCAGAGCUUACAUCAGUUACUAACCUAGAUCUAAGUUUCAAUGAGCUGAAGUCACUACCUACAGAAGGCCUGAGUGGGCUAAACCAACUGAAACUUGUGGGCAACUUCCAGCUGAAAGAAGCCCUGGCAGCGAAAGAUUUCACUAGUCUCAGGUCUUUAUCAGUACCAUAUGCUUAUCAGUGCUGUUCGUUUUGGGGUUGUGACUCUUAUGCAAAUUUAAACACAGAAGAUAACAGCCUCCAUGACCACAGUCUGACAAAAGAGAAAGGGACUGCUGAUGCAGCCAAUGUCACAAGCAGUGCUGAAAAUGAAGAACAUAGCCAAAUAAUCAUCCAUUGUACACCGUCAACAGGUGCUUUUAAACCCUGUGAAUAUUUGCUGGGAAGCUGGAUGAUCCGCCUUACUGUGUGGUUCAUUUUCUUGGUUGCACUGUUUUUCAACCUGCUUGUCAUUUUAGCCACAUUUACAUCAUCUACAUCACUGCCUUCCACCAAAUUGUUCAUAGGCUUGAUUUCUGUGUCUAACUUCUUCAUGGGCCUCUACACUGGCACCCUUACUUUCCUUGAUGCUGUGUCCUGGGGCCGGUUUGCUGAAUUUGGCAUCUGGUGGGAGACUGGCAGUGGCUGUAAAGUAGCUGGAUUUCUUGCAGUUUUCUCCUCAGAAAGUGCCAUAUUCUUACUAACAUUAGCAGCUGUGGAAAGAAGCUUAUCUACAAAAGAUAUAAUGAAAAAUGGGAAAAGCAAUCAUCUCAAACAGUUCCGGGCUUCCGCCCUUUUUGCUUUCCUGGGUGCUGCAGUAGCAGGCUGUUUCCCCCUUUUCCACAAAGGGGACUAUUCUGCCUCCCCUCUGUGCCUACCAUUCCCUACAGGAGAAACACCAUCGUUAGGAUUCACUGUGACAUUAGUGCUGCUGAACUCACUAGCAUUUUUACUAAUGGCCAUUAUCUACACUAAGCUCUACUGCAACCUGGAAAAAGAGGACCUCUCGGAGAACUCCCAGCCCAGCAUGACUAAACAUGUUGCUUGGCUGAUCUUCACAAACUGUAUCUUUUUCUGCCCUGUGGCAUUUUUCUCCUUUGCACCAUUGAUCACUGCAAUUGCUAUCAGUCCUGAAAUCAUGAAGUCUGUUACUCUGAUAUUUUUCCCAUUGCCUGCUUGCCUGAAUCCAGUCCUAUACGUUUUCUUCAACCCAAAGUUUAAAGAAGACUGGAAGUUACUGAAGCGGCGUGUUACCAGGAAGUACGGGUCUGUUUCCAUGUCCAUCAGUAGCCAAGGUGGUUGUGUGGAACAGGAUUUCUACUAUGACUGUGGCAUGUACUCACAUUUGCAGGGUAACCUGACUGUAUGUGACUGCUGUGAAUCAUUUCUUUUGACAAAACCAGUGUCAUGCAAACACCUAAUCAAAUCACAUAGUUGUCCUGCAUUGGCAGUGGCUUCUUGCCAAAGACCAGAGGGCUAUUGGUCUGACUGUGGCACACAGUCAGCCCACUCUGACUGUGCGGACGAGGAAGAUUCCUUUGUCUCGGACAGUUCUGACCAGGUUCAGGCCUGUGGACGAGCCUGCUUCUACCAGAGUCGAGGAUUCCCUCUGGUGCGUUAUGCUUAUAAUCUACCAAGAGUAAAAGACUGAAGUACUAUAUUUCUAAACAUUUCCCUUUUCAACCAAAAUCCCAGUGCUUAUCAAAUGAACCAUAUUUUGUCUUUAUCUGGGAAGCACUUCUGUAAUCACUGCAUGGUGUCACAUAGAAGAAGGUGGCAGUUCAUUUCUCAAACCAGACAUUUCUGAAGAACAGGUGCCUAAAUUAUAAAUUCAAACAUACAAUGUCAAAGCAACAUGUAGUCUAUCUGAAGUAAAUGAAACUUGAAAGGAGUUUGAGGUAUUAUAUAGCAAUAUAAAAUUAGUUUAUUCUGAUCCAUAAGAUGCAAACUUUAAAGUAUUUCAGAAUUAAGCACAAGGUAAAAAACAGCUGUUAAUGUUUCUUAAAAAUAUAUUAAAUGUUAUUUCAUAUAACAGAUAAAAAGUCUUGCUAAUUUUACCUAAUUUUUCAUCAUUAAUCUCAGGACAACUUACUGCAGGGCCAAAAAAGGGAUUGUCUCCAGCCAGAACUGUGAGAGUAAACAUAGGCGUUGUCUUUACACAUUUUCUAUUUCCAUCUCUGACAAAAGAAAAUCAUAGAGUUUGUUCAAAUGUUGUGUAAAUCUAACACCUGGAGAUGGUUUAAAAGCAGUAUUAACAGCUGUUUUUUUUUUUUUCUAGUAGGACAUUUGUUAUGAAAUCCAUUGCUUUGGUGCAAUCACGAUCAUUUUUCCUCAGUGUUUUGCAGUCAACACUACUAGGAAAAGUAAAAGCCAAUGUGCUGUGGGUUUAGUAGAGGGUGAACUACUAACUUACAUGGAGAUUUUCAUAGUAUACAAGGGAUAUGAUUCCAUGUAAUGUUCCCUUUAAUAAGCCCUUCCUCAUAUCACUGGCUCUCCUGAUAUUUCCAAUUUGUUAGCAUGUCAUUUAUACUUUGGAAUAGACAGAAAGUAACUAAGGUGAAUAAUUUUCUGUAAUUGGAAGAAGCUGGGAGUAAUCAUUACACAAAGCACUUACUUGUUUCUAAGUGAGCUGGAGUCUUCUGUGCUAUUACAUGGAAAUUCAUACAUUUUCCCCAUCCUAUGUUUUGUUUAAAAAAAAAAAAAGAGCCCAUUUAGUAGCUCAGAUACUCUGUACUGGGUGGACAA